UGUAUCUCACGGGCAUUGGAGUCAGUGCAAAUAUUUGAUUCGGACCACGCAGACAUUGUAUAACGGUUGCUGCAUUUAGAAACCUGCUGUAGAAAAAUAACCAUGAAUAAAACUAUUGUUAUAUUAUUGGCCGUUCUGGCUGUAGUCGCCUUUGCUGACGCUAGAGCAACAUGCAAAGGCAGCAGUCACCAUUCGCGAUGCGAUGAUGACGAACAGAAAAACAAAUGCGACGACUCGUCUUCUUCCUCCUCGUCCUCCUCUUCCUCCUCAUCGUCGUCGUCCUCCUCUGAAGAAGAUGACAAGAGAUGCAAAAGCGGGCACGGCAAGAAGGAUGACUCAUCCUCAUCCUCAUCCUCAUCUUCAUCUUCGUCUUCGUCGUCGUCCGAGGAAGACAGCAAGAACAACGAAGUGGAUUGCGACGAUUCCAACGAAAAGAGCCAUCACCACAAGAAGUCGAGACACAUGAGGCGAUGUGGAAAGAACUAGUCGAAGACAACUUGGUGUCGGUUUUUAUCACUUAUCAGUUAUCCCUUUUCACUGUGAUCACUACUACAAUCAAAGUUAUGCACUUCGUCAUUCGUUCAGUUUUGAGUUCACACACAAUGAAAUCGUUUCGUAGAAUAGAAAAUGCUAUAAUAUUUUAUUAAGCUAGAAUUAUAAUAUUAUGACGA